AUGCGUGCGAAGCGCCCGCUCCGUACGUCGGGGCCGUGCUUCGACCUGGCCGGGCUCAUGGAUCAUGCAGCCCCUGAGCUGCAGGUGCAGCAAAAGAAUGAGCAGGAGCUCAACAAGUUCUUCAUCGACGUGGAUGACAAUAUCGUUUCACCGAUGAUCACGACAGGCCCGAGCUUUCGCACGACGAACUCGGCGGGUCUGUCGAGCAACAACUCCACGGUCGAAUUGACGGCAAUGGAGAUGGCGGGCACCGGUGGCAGCACGUCGGUGGAGCAGAGGACGAUGGCGUCCCCGCAAAACGAGGCCAAGUUUAUUCACGUCAACGACACUAACAUCUUCGUGCUGAUUGACGGCAUCUCGAUGUUUGUGGAGGGAAAGAGCACGUUCACCGGGACAGAAGACGCACGUCUGCUGGUGGAACGGUUGCGACAGAAGAAACUUGCCCGUUCCGUGGACACGGUUCAGGAGGCCAUCUUGAACAUUCAAAUGUCGGCUGACCACUGCGGCUGCGAGGAGACAUCUCCGGUGGUAUCUGCCAUCCCCUCUGGCUCCCCUGUUCUGCCAGCAGAAAGAUCUUCAAUGCAGUCCACAGCGAACACUCUCCCAAUGAGCGUGCCAGCGCUUCAGAACACCGUCGCCCCCACCGCGCUACCUGUGCCGCCGCCGCCCACGAAGCCGGUCCCCAUCGCGAAUCCGUGGGCGUCGCUGUUUGAAGACGCCAAGGUGCCAUCUGGCUCACCUCUGUUUCGCUCCUUCAAGGCCAAGUCUCUAGGCAGCACCAGCAGCUACGGCUUUCCUCCUGCAGACAGCACGCUGCUGUGUGAGAGCGCCGAAUCGGGUGCGACGUCAUCCUCGCCUACGACAACAGUUUUCCCUGCGACGGUGGCCACCCCGACAUCGGCGUUUUCGUCCACCACUGGCCUCAACGCCUCUAGCCGUCUCACGCACUCCGUCAGCUUCCCCAGCCUGCGUCAUCAAGACAGCUCGUCGUCCCUCCUGUCAACGACCUCGGGUGCCGGCCACCGCCACAGCGGGCACCCCAGCCGCGGCGCAGCAGCGCGGCGGACAAAGCAGAUUUCGGUGGAGGAGAUCGGCCACAGCAACUGCUCGCUUGACAUGGAUGAGGUGGUGGUUGAGGCGAUGAUUGGAAAAGGCACUCAGGGAACGGUGUUCCGCGUCCGCUUGGACGGCAAGCUGUACGCUCUCAAGUGCAUGAAUAUUGAUGAGGCGCUGAACGCGACAAACGACGUGGAGCGGCAGGGGUACAAGAAAGGGCUCGUGAAGGAGUUGACCAUGAUCACUCUGCAACGAUCGCGUCCACCGCCGGCGUACCUUAUGCAAAUGUUCAACGCCGUGGCCUCACUGGACGCGGAGAAGAAGCAGCUGAGCAUCCUGAUCGAGCUGAUGUCCUUUACAGUAGAAAACAUUCAACAGAUGGUCUCUCGCAUCCCUAGCGAGGAGUUGAUGCGGGUCACUCAGUCGACGUUUCGAAACUACAUGUCCGGCGGCUCGUCAGCGAAGCAGGCAAUGAAGGAGUGUUGCACGGACCAGCUCCUUUACGGGUCUUCGCGGCAUGCUCUGGGGCGCAACACGUACAAGGAGCCGGCCGCAUGGGAGAAGAACGUGAAGCGUGAGACACCAAUGCCGGAAGUGCUGCUCUCAAUGCUGGCUCGGGACGUGUUGAUGGGUCUGAACGAGCUGCACACCGACUACUCCAUCAUUCACUGUGAUCUAAAGCCUGCCAACGUGAUGCUCUGCUAUGAUCAGCAGAAGUUCAAGCUUGCCGACUUCGGCUGCGGCUCUGUGAUGGAGGACCGGCAGCACGUCGAGCGGCGAGGCAUCGACCUCGGCACCAUACUGUACAAAGCACCAGAACGCUUCGCAGCGAACAUUUUACACCGCAUCGCCGACAUCGACGACGGCGGCACCGGCGAGGCGGUGGUGUUCACGGCCAAGGCGGACGUGUGGUCCUUGGGCAUCAUGCUAAUGGAAUUGGCGGCUGGCAUUCACCCCUGUGAUCAGUUCAAGUCUGAUUUCUGGAACUACGGCACCAAGUUGAAGCUAUCCAAGAUGAACAAGCCGCUCAAUUGGUCAGAGUCGUUUUACGACUUUAUUCUCCGGAGCGUUUGUGUCGAUGUCUCCUUGCGAUGGUCUGUGCAGCAGCUCUUGAAACACCCGUUUGUCAUCAAGUUCAAUCACGUGCCGCGCGAGAAGCUGAAACAGUUCGUGCAGCGCUUGGAGGUCGACAGCAAGACGUUCCACAAGCGCCAGCAGAGCGAGUUGCUCAAGGAACAGAUCCUGCUCAGCACGACGCGUCGGCAUAAGGACACGUUCCAGCUGCAGAGCAGGAAGGUGUGGUCGACGUACACCGCUUACCUGAAGCAGGCGCCGCCCACCAAGGAUCAAACCAUGUUUCCGGAGCUGCGUCACACGUAG